GAUCUAAUCAGUCAAAUCAGAUUCAUAUUAAAUAUUCCGAAGUUACUAUAUUUUCUGCAAAAGAAGAAAUAUUAAUUUACAAACUUAUUUCCAUGUUGAUUAUCAAUAUCUUUUCUUGUCAAACUUGAAACAUUCUUAAAAUGCAAAGGCUUAGAGCAAUGAUUAUACUAUGCCUUAUUGAAUUCUUUGUAUCAAUAUGUUUCUCAAUUAUAUCUCCAUUUUUUCCUAAAGAAGCUGAGAAAAAAAAUGUGCCUCAAUUUUGGAUUGGGACAAUAUUUGGGGUAUUCCAAGGAGUUCAGUUUAUCAUGUCACCAAUUCUUGGGCUCUAUAUGUACCAAAUAGGAAUAAAAAAACUUUACCUCUGGGGAAUAUUCCUUGAUUCAAUAUCCACCCUUUGCUUCGGCUUCACCACUUAUAUUCCUAUGUCCGCCAAUCCCGCGUACUUCGCUGGCCUGACUCUCAUGCUGAGAACUUUGCAAGGCCUGGGAUGCUCGGCUUACAUUACAGCCUCGUACGUGCUAACGGUCCACCUUUACCCCGAUAACAUCGGAACGGCUUUCGGGAUCGUUGAGACUUUUGCCGGACUGGGUUUCGCUAUUGGACCUCCUAUCGGUGGUUACCUAUUUAUGAAUUUUAAGAUGGAUUACCCCUGUUGGAUCCCAAUAUGGAUGCUGUUGGAAGUGGCGAAUAAAGAAAAAUUUGAAUAUCUGGGAGGUUACCCUUUGCCAUUCCUCGUUAUAGGAAUUAGUUUGCUGAUAUUGCUGAUCGUAGCCGCGCAUUCUAUCCCGUCCUUCGAAGAUGCCAUCACCGCUCGCCUUGCCACGCCUAUAAAAUGUUUACCCCGCCCAAAAUCGCCGACAAAUUGUGAGAAUCGGUCUAAUGGACAUUGCCUUCGCGGAGAUCAGCUGUUGCUCAAUUCCUCGAGUCGUAAUAUUGUAGAUGACCUCCCCGAUUAUUUCGCUAAAGGCAUAGGACGCGUCGAAUUUAUAAACGGCGAUAUUAUUGGCAACGAUCAUGGAGGCGAUUCAAUCUCUAAAAAUAAAAUUAGUCUCCCCAGCGAGAAUCACGCAAAUGGUGAAUCGGCGAAGUUCUCUGAUAACGGCGUGGGCGAUGACGAUCUAGAGGAAAAGAAUUCGGUAUUACUCAAGGCCCUCUCUUUUUUUUCCCUAUUCUAUAUGCAUUAUUCGAUUUCUCUGGAUUACCUUGUUAUGUUCGGGGCUUCCCUCACCCUCUCCUUCGUCGAUGCUACAUUGGAACCUCAUCUCAGGUCCGUUUCAGCUUUCUGGGGCCCGCAGUCUAACAACCCAUUCACCGCCGAAGAGUCUACUUCGUUUAAGGUUUUGACUAACGGGAAUUCAUCCAAAUUUCAUGAAUUAUUUCGCCCGAAUCACGAUCUCGACCCAACUUAUACAGCCAAAAAUUACCCUGACAUGAACCGUUUGACAAAUGCGACCGCUGUAAAUCGUCAUGACAAGCAUAUGCUAUUCCUGAUGUUCGACGAGCAUCCUCUGAACUCAGCGGCCGUGGGUAGCAUAUUUUUCGUUCUUUCGGCGACUUACACCGUGUUCGCCCUGAUUUUCGGGGCCCUGACAGAUAGGAAAACUAUGUGCGGGGUCAGAAUACAACCCUUCAAGAUGAUGAGGUAUGGCCUCAUCGUAUCUUGUCUCCUCUCCUCCAUAGCUCUUCUGUUAUCGGGUAUCCCGGUUUUGGAAAUAGCCGAGGGCGAAAACCCGAGACACUCCUACUCGUUUCUAUAUUCCUUGGUCUAUUAUUUUUUAUCGCUUCCGGUUCCCAUGCAUUUCGACAAGACGGCGUCUUUGAUAGCUCUGUGCACCUCUCAAGUCGUGUUGGGCUUGGCCUUCGCCUUGCAAAUUGUCAUGACGUUCGCCGACAUAACGAAACGGGUAUCGAUGGCUUAUUAUAACGCCGCGGCGGAAGGAGAUACUGGUUUGUGCGAGGAAUACGACGAAUUUUAUUCUAGCUCUUUACCCGAAUAUUUGGCGAACGGGAGUAAGGAGAAUCUAGUGGUGGCCAAUGGGGGCGGAAUGAGAGAUCGUGAGCUCAAUGCUAAAGACGCCGACAUCAAAGAUUAUGACCCUAAAAAAAUCGAGGGUGGUUGGGGAACAGCGCGUCAAAAUUUGCCAGAAAAACGGGCUCCGAAUCGUAAUUAUUCCAGCGAUGAUGGUAUUUUGAAUCAAAAUGGCGAAGUCUAUCACCGUAUUAUUGAUAGCCACGACCAUGUUCCCUGCUCUAAAACCCAUGAUUAUCGCCAUAUAGGUGAUGAUGACAUAAAAUUUAUCAUCAAACCUCGUUCUUCUGAAGAAGCUAACAACGAUUCAUUGAGUACUUUUGGUAAAUCGAGCGUAUGCCCAGAAACUACUUUGAUAUCCGGUCUUUACAGUUCAGCUAUAGCUGCCGGGGCAUUUAUUGGCCCCGUUUUAGCAGGGAUCAUGACCGGCCGAGCGGCUCGAUCUUACUCGUGGGCCGCGGACCGCAUCGCGCUUUUUGAAAUCGCCAUUUGUGCUUUGGCCACCGCGCUCACGGCCUACAAAGUAGGAGAUGGUACAGGAUUCUGAUUAUGCCUUAUAAAUGUUAUCAAAGUUCUCCCAAGGCCAUUAUUUUUUUCGUGGUGAUAAAAAACCCCCAAAGUUAGACAAAUUUCAAUCAAAGUUAGAUUAAUUUUAUCUUGGAUAGCAACUCUCACGUUUGUUUCUGAAAAGUGUAACGCGAUAGAAACCCAUUCAUUGCUUAGAUGGUCACAUCUGCGAAUUAUAGAUAUAUGGAGCUCAAGCUCCUGAAAAUAUUGCCCUCAUAAUUUGAAGGUGUUAAAUAAUAUUUCGUUAUCCGAAUUUUUACCAGUCAAAGAUCAACAAAUAUUAGCUUUUCCUGCGCAUGAGCAUUUGUUUUUUUUCCCGAAAUGGCAUUCGAUAUCAUAUUCCUUAACUCUGUAGGAAAAACCUGAUGGCUCCGAUACGAUCCUCUCUAUGGCUUCCCAUGACGCUGAUAUUAAGUGUUUAUGACUCGGUGUAUGGGAAGACCUUAAACUAAGAUUAAAAUGGGUGCUUACACCAUAUAAGCCCCGUUAUAACUGCCCCAGCUACGUUCUGCGAUUGUGAUCAACCUCUUUUUUUGAAAAAAAUUAUAUUUAUAUAUUUUUAUAAUUUAUAAGAUUACUAAAAUUUGAUGCAAUAUUUUUCCUUAUGCUCUCAUUUUAAAUUAUCAUAUUUUUUUUUUGUGAUUAUAUACUUGACGUCAGAAUAUUUGUUUACGAUUUUAUUUAUUUAUUUUUUAACUUGUUCGCCAUUUUUUUUUUUUUUAAAAACUCAAAAAUGUAAUUUAAUUACCGCGACUGUGAUACAUGAUAUUUUUAUUUA